GUGAGUGGAGAAAGCAACAUGGGAUGGGAGUACGUAUGUCACUUUUACUGUUCAUAUAAAUAACCGACUAAACAUCUUUUUCAUUUUUCUAUUCUCACCCUGCAAAAGCCGAUCAUCUUUCUCAACUCUCACUUUUUGCUCCGUUACCUUGAAUCCCAAACGCUCUCGGAGAAGAAUAUCGCCAUUUCCUUGAUCAAGGUCACAUUUCAAUCUCUGACCUAAACCUAAAUGGAGAACUCAGGGAAUCCUCAGGACAUCCUUGUGCCACCAGUUGAAGGUGUAUCAGGAGGAGGGACAGCAUAUGGAUGGAAUGAUGGUGAUUUACGUAAUUUAAGUCCACUCAAGGGAUCAAUAGACCCCUCAGAGGUUCCAACCACAGAUUUAGUACAUGUGUGGUGCAUGCCAAACACAACAAAUGUUGGACCGCAAGAAAUGCCUAGACAUUUGGAGCCUAUAAAUCUUCUGGCUGCUAGAAAUGAGAGAGAAAGUGUUCAGAUUGCUCUUCGUCCGAAAGUUUCUUGGGUUGGUUCUGGAGGUGCAGGCACUGUGCUGAUCCAGUGUAGUGACUUGUGCUCUGCAUCUGGUGAUAGAUUAGUUGUUGGACAGUCAUUAACGUUGCGGCGUGUAGUGCCAAUAUUGGGUAUCCCAGAUGCUCUCGUUCCUCUCAAUCUUCCAGUUAGUCAAAUAAACUUAUUACCAGGAGAGACCGCUGCUGUCUGGGUUUCUAUAGAUGUUCCUAGUGCGCAACCCCCAGGUCAGUAUGAGGGGGAUAUCAUUAUCACUGCUGCAAAACCUGAUACCGAAUCUUCAGCUCAAUGCUUCAGCAAAGCUAAUAAAUACAAACUUUACAAGGAACUUCAAAGCUGUCUUGAAAUAAUGGAGCCAGUUGAUGACAGAUCAGCAGAUGAAGUGGUAGAAAGAGUGAAAUCUGCAAGUACAUCUUUACGAAGAGUUCUUCUGUCUCCAUUAUUUUCUGAAUUUUCAGAUAAUGGGCCAGUUGAUUUGAUGGAUGAAGAUGACAUUUCAAACCUUUCAUUACGUGUGAAGAUAAAUUUGACAGUUUGGGACUUUGUUCUUCCUACCACUCCUUCGCUCCCUGCUGUAUUUGGUAUUUCUGAUACUGUUAUCGAGGAUCGUUUUGGUGUUGCUCAUGGGAGCAAAGAGUGGUAUGAGGCAUUGGAGCAGCAUUUCAAGUGGCUUCUUCAGUUUAGAAUCAGCCCAUAUUUUUGCAGAUGGGGGGAUAGCAUGCGUGUUUUGACUUACACUUCCCCUUGGCCAGCGGAUCAUCCAAAAUCAGAUGAAUAUUUUUCAGAGCCACGAUUGGCUGCAUAUGCUGUACCGUAUAGUCGAGUCAUCUCUGGUGAUGCAUCAAAAGAAUCCUUGCAGAAACAAAUUGAGAUACUGAGGACAAAGGCUCACUGGAAGAAAGCAUAUUUCUAUUUGUGGGAUGAGCCACUCAAUAUGGAACAAUACGACUCUUUGCGGAACUUGGCCUCUGAGAUUCAUGCUUAUGCUCCAGAUGCUCGUGUCUUGACUACUUACUACAGUGGGCCAAGUGACGCACCUCUUGCACCUACUGCUUUUGAGGCUUUUGUAAAAGUCCCAAAAUUCCUGCGCCCUCAUACUCAAAUCUAUUGCACAAGCGAAUGGGUGCUUGGAAAUCGAGAGGAUUUAGUCAAAGAUAUUAUUUCUGAGUUACAGCCGGAAGAUGGUGAGGAAUGGUGGACUUAUGUGUGCAUGGGACCAUCUGAUCCUCAUCCCAAUUGGCACCUUGGAAUGCGAGGUACACAGCACCGUGCUGUUAUGUGGCGUGUAUGGAAAGAAGGAGGGACCGGAUUCUUGUACUGGGGUGCAAACUGCUACGAGAAGGCAACAGUUCCCAGUGAAGAGAUAAGAUUUAGGCGCGGCCUUCCCCCUGGAGAUGGAGUUCUGUUCUACCCUGGUGAGGUUUUCUCAUCGUCACAUGUACCAGUUGCUUCACUAAGACUUGAGCGCAUUCUUAGUGGUCUGCAGGACAUUGAGUACUUGAGACUCUUUUCUUCGAGGUAUGGUAGAGAUGAAGGGUUAGCUCUCCUUGAGAAGACGGGUGUGUACCUGGGCCCUGAACGUUACACACAUGAGCACAUGCCCAUCGAAGUGAUGCGGGGUGAGAUUUUCAAUGCAUGUCGAUCUUGAAAUAGAGAUUGCUGGUAGAAAUGAUCAAACACCCAUUCUCUUCUCUGCUGGAGAAGCUUAGUUGGGUUCAGGUCCCAAAUUGUUCUGCAUGAAGGCCAUUCCCAAGCCUUGCCAAUCAAAAACAUCGUGGCAAGGGAGGGAGAUCUUCAACAUGUGCAGAUGUGCCAAUCCGGCAUCCAAUUAGAUUUCAACUUGUAGAUCUUGUUGUGAUUUUUCCUUUGUCGUGGUUUUUGUUUUGUUUUAUUCCUUCUUUUGUAUCCCCUUUCACAAAAUUAAGUCUUUGUUCUUCUAAAAAUGGUAUGUUGCUUGAAAAAGUGGUAUAGCUGGAAAACUUGUUAUAUUUUAUUUGAUUUAUCACCAAGGCUAAUGUAAAUCUGUAAAAACAGUGUUCUUGGUCAAUUCCUUUACUAGUUUUUAUUGGAAAAACCUUUACUAGUUUUUAGCUCCA